GCUCCGCUUCUUCAGCCGCAGCAGGUUUAAAAGUGGAUUUGACCGCAUGAGGAGAGACCUGGAAGCCUAAGAGGAACAGGAGUCGGAGCUUCAACAGGUUGGAGUGAUCUGGAAGCGGUCGUCUCCCCGCAGGAUGCUGCUGCCGCUGCCUCCGCGGAUGUUGCGGGGCGCUGCGGCGCGACAGGUCGCUCAGAAGCUCGCGUACAGCUCAGCGGCGCAUGCGCAGAUGAAACCCAAAAAGGCAAAGUUUGGUCCUCUGAGUGAUCAGGACCGGAUCUUUACUAACCUUUAUGGCCGGCAUGACUGGAGACUCAAAGGAGCGCUCGAAAGAGGAGACUGGUAUAAGACCAAAGAGAUCGUCCUGAAAGGACCCGAAUGGAUCCUAAACGAGGUGAAGAUCUCAGGCCUCAGAGGCAGAGGGGGUGCAGGAUUCCCCACUGGGAUGAAGUGGAGUUUCAUGAACAAACCCAGUGAUGGCAGGUAUAAAGGACAUCUUUCACCACAUACAACCUUAAUGCCCACCUCAACAUUCAAGUGCAUUUCCUUCUUUCCCCUGUCCAGGCCCAAGUACCUGGUAGUGAAUGCGGAUGAGGGGGAACCUGGGACGUGUAAAGACCGAGAGAUCCUGCGUCACGACCCCCAUAAGCUCAUUGAGGGAUGCCUCGUUGCUGGAAGAGCCAUGGGGGCUCGGGCGGCGUACAUCUAUAUCAGAGGAGAGUUUUACAAUGAGUCAUCAAAUCUGCAGGUGGCUAUUAAUGAGGCAUACAAGGCCAGGCUGAUUGGGAAGAAUGCCUGUGGUUCAGGGUAUAACUUUGAUGUGUUUGUGAUGCGCGGGGCCGGCGCUUACAUCUGCGGAGAGGAGACGGCACUCAUUGAGUCUCUUGAGGGCAAGCAAGGCAAACCUCGUCUAAAGCCACCUUUCCCUGCAGAUAUAGGCGUCUUUGGAUGCCCAACAACAGUGGCCAACGUGGAGACCGUUGCUGUGGCGCCUGCUAUCUGUCGCCGUGGCGGAGCUUGGUUUGCCAGCUUUGGGAGGGAGAGGAACUCUGGGACGAAGCUGUUCAACAUCUCGGGUCACGUGAACUUCCCAUGCACCGUGGAGGAAGAGAUGUCGAUUCCUUUGAGAGAGCUCAUCGAGAGACAUGCAGGAGGAGUGAGGGGAGGCUGGGGCAAUCUAUUAGGAGUGAUCCCAGGAGGCUCCUCCACUCCCAUCAUCCCUCAGCAUGUGUGUAGCGACGUUCUGAUGGAUUUUGAUGACCUGGUCCGCGCGCAGACGGCUCUGGGAACUGCAGCGGUUAUAGUCAUGGACAAAUCAACAGAUGUGAUUAGAGCCAUUGCACGUUUGGUUGAGUUUUAUAAGCACGAGAGCUGUGGCCAGUGCACCCCCUGCAGGGAAGGAGUGGACUGGAUGGAUAAAAUGAUGUGGCGGUUUGUGCGAGGAGACGCAGCCGUGUCAGAAAUCGACAUGAUCUGGGAGCUCAGCAAACAGAUCGAGGGUCACACUAUUUGUGCCCUGGGAGACGGAGCGGCUUGGCCUGUUCAGGGUCUAAUACGCCACUUUCGGACUGACAUGGAAAACCGCAUUGCUCAGCAUAAAGAGAAAAAUCCUCCAAGGAAGCAGAAGAUUGAGAUGAUCUGAACUGGGACGUUUCCUGCAUUUUAUCCAACACAAUAAUAAAACAUCCAAGUUAUAAAUGAUUUUUGAAGCUAAAGGUUUUAGGAAACUAUUGAAUUCAGC